AUGCGCCUUCGAUCGGGUUCUUUGGUUAAUAAUCUGUCGUGUGAUCUUCACAGAACGAAAAAAGUUGCAAGAUAUUCUUUAAGGGGUGCGAAAACUCCACUCAGGCGGCAGAGAUUGCGUAGCUUAAAUGGUGCCCGCAUACCGAAUCGUAUUGAUGUGUCGAAGAAGUCUCCUGUUGUCUCGAAGUGGAAUGGUGCCUCAUAUGCUGAUGAUCAAGAAAACCUCAAUAUUUCCACAUCUUCGAAAAUGACAAAUUUGGACCUAGUCGAAAUUGUUUCACCACGACGGUUUAAGUCUUUAAAUAAAGAUCAGUCAGCGAAGAUCAAAAGACUUGAUGCUUGCAAAAUCGAAAUAGACCCUGAUGUGUCAUUGUGUCAUUCUGUUUGUACUCAUGAAUCUGGAACUGAGAAUGAAACAAUCCUCAACCAUUCAUUUACCUCUGACCCCAGGACAAAACUUUUAGAACUUUGCGGUCAAACAGAAGUGAAAUCGAUGUCCUCAUUUUUUGAUGCCGAAUGUCUGGAGAAUAUAAUCAAAAUUGGCGAGGGUGUUUAUGGGGAAGUCUUUCAAUCAAACAAAAGUUCCGUUAUUAAAAUAUUCCCAAUUGAUGGCUCUUUUACUGUUAACGGUGAACGUCAAAUGGAAUCCUAUCGCGUAUUUCCCGAGGUCUUUAUUUCCAAACAGUUAACAGAACUUGGAUUCAAAUACCGGCAAAAUCGGGCCGUCAAUUUUAUCCAGCUCCGGAGAUGUGCUGUUGUUAAUGGAAAAUGGCCACAGGAAUUAGUUAAGGCCUGGAAGAAGUAUGAAGCAGUUAAUGGUUCUGAUAAUGAAUGCCUCGACUUCCUACCAGAAACGCAGGAAUGGAUGGUUCUAGAAUUCGACUAUGCUGGUAAACCUCUGGGUACUUUCAAGUUUACCUCUUAUCGUGAAGCUCAUUCGGUGAUAGAGCAGAUAGCUCUUUCGUUAGCCGCAGCGGAAUCAGCCUUACAAUUUGAGCAUCGCGAUUUACACUGGCUUAACGUACUUGUUAAGCCUACCAAGCAGACGAAACUGCGAUAUCGCGUCGACGGCUUGAGCUAUUCUGUACAAACGGAGGGUAUUCAGGUUUGUAUUAUAGACUUCACUGUGUCUCGUCUUUGUCGCGAUGGAAACGUUGUUUACGUGGAUAUGUCGAAUUCUCCUGAAAUUUUUGAAUGCGAAGGUGAUUAUCAGUUUGAAAUAUACCGGAUGAUGCGCGAUAUGAAUGGUAAUAAUUGGCGGCCAUUUAAACCAAUAACAAAUCUGUAUUGGUUGCAUUACUUGAUGGGCAAACUCAUUCACGAGAGUCUAUUUCCCCGUCGAGACCCUGAUGGCAAAGCAGUUCAGUCUGAAUUGGCUGCUCUCCGCGACAAUGUUCUCUCAGGUGAUUAUGACUCUACCAUGAGUCUUGUUCGAAAUUCCUUCUUUUUUGACAGCUGUCGGAUUGAGUGA